AUUUACAUUCAAAAAUAAUUCCAUUAAAUUUAAAAGUGAAUUAAAUAUUUUUUUUUUGUUAAAUUAUGUUUCAAAUGGCAAAAUCUUUUAUUUUCGGAAGAGUUAGGAAAAAUGUUUAGAGCCCUACGCCUCUUAAACAGCGCGGUAAAACGUACGGGAACUGAAAUACAAUUUUCUGCAUUUACAAAGUUUGGUAAUUGGAUAAACCUCAUAAAUUACUGCAUGUUAAGCACCGAGAGCAGUGGAAAGAAAGAAAAAGAGGCUCCAGAUACUAAAACAACAAGAACACUACCUAAGCAAUAUAAAUUUAUUUCUGUUGGACAUAUCCUACUCGACUAUACGGCGCGACUGCCUGCGAAUGAAAUCGAUAUACUACACAAGUUUCAUAUACCAUACAAUACAAAGGGUGAGUUGGACGUACAGACAUUGAGAAAGUUGAAGGAUGAGGCAUGCAGGAAAGUAGAAUGCGUAGAGAGUCCGGGCGGAUCUGCGCUGAAUACAGUGCGCAUACUGACACAAUUGGGUGAAAGCGCGCUCUUCAUUGGUGCCGUUGGCGACGAUGAGGCGGCAAAGAAAUUGCGAAAACAUUUCAGAGAGCACAACAUUGAUGUACGUUUGUUCACCCAGAAGGAACUCCCAACCGGCGAAUGUAUGGCGAUCAUCAAUAAGGAUACGCAAGGCGAAGCGCUCUAUGCGAAUAUUGGCGCUUCUACAAAAAUCUCCAUGGAGCAUAUGAAACAAGCUGAAUAGGAGCUACAGUUUCUGCGUCCCACAGAGCGUAAGCAAAUCAUCUACUUGGAAGGCUUCAUACUGCCGCGUUGUAAAGAAUUGUGUCACUACAUGGUAACGCAUUACUUGAGCGGUCGUCGUUGGUUGGCUCUCAAUUUGAGCGCGGAGUAUAUAGUACGGAACAAUUUUCAUGCGAUUAUGAAAUUCGCAUGCAUGGCGUACUUCAUCUUUGGUAAUGGCCGCGAGUUUUGCGCAUUGGCCGAUAAAAUGGGUUUUGGCCGCGAUAUAGAUAAGGCGAUUAAGAUGAUAUUUAAACAACAUGCUGGUCCGUGUAUUGUGAUUAUAACAAAUGCUGAGAGAGGUUUAAUACUAGUGAGUAAUGUUGAGUAUGGUUCGGCUAAGCCCGGUAAGCUAAUCUAUCGUCAGUGUCGCGUUGAUCGUAUUGAUAAUGUCGUCGAUACAACCGGUGCGGGUGACUCGUUCGUUGCCGGUUUUUUACAUGCUUUUCUGAAUAAUUACAAACUGAAGGAUUGCGUGAUUGUUGGUACGGCGGUAGCGGCGCAAGUCGUUACCAAAAUCGGUUGCAAUCUUCCAUCGGAUUUCAAUGUUAAAUCCAUCACAGAUAAAAUGAAAAAAAUUAAAUGAUUAACAAAUAUUGACUUUAAAUAAAUCAAUAAACAAAGAAAUAU